AUGGAAGAUUUCUCACGUCCACCAUCAAGUGCAGUGCCCACGGGGACUCCCUUGGGGCCCCUUCGUCCUGGAACAGCUUUCCGGCCCCCAUCGUCAAUUCGUAGUGGAACUGCAAGUAGAUUGGCAGCAGCUGCUAGUUCAAUGGGGCCACCACCAACUGCAAGUGCUCAGAGGAUUGGAACUCUUGGAGUAGCUGGAGCCGCCAUGUUGGAGCGUCCAAUUACACAACAUGGCCUAAGUGGUCUCUCAACAGCAAGUGGACGCGUGGGUACAGCUGCAGGGCAGCGACAAGUUAAAGAUCGCCGCUACUGGCAGGGAGUUGUGCAGAUGAAAAUUCAGGAAAUCUCCCUGGAAGCUGAGAGACUUGCGCGCGAUAAGAAAACCCUCGAAAGGGAUCAAUCGGCGAGGAAGAUGUACGAAAAGCGCAUCAAGGAAUCCGCGAAAGAGCUCUCAAAUCUCCAAGCUCAGCUAACGGAUAUGAAUCUCGCCCUGGAUGGCUAUAGUUCGGGAUUUUCUCGGCAGCAGAUGCAGAGUGAAGCAUCUGGAAUACGGGAGCGCAAUGAAAGCGUCCAGACGCAGCUUGAGGGACUUUUUACACAGCGACAGGCCAGGGAGGAGGCUAAUCGUCGCUUGGAGGAAGAUAUCGCACGGGAGCGUCACAAAGUGACCGAGAUGAUCUACGCAUUGGCUCCGGCGGAGCAGCAGCAGUACCGGGAGCUGCAGUCACUAUCUGAGGAGCUUAAGGGUAAGACAGCAGCACUGCAUGAUGAUAUUGAAGCUGUAACGAAACAACGUGAUCGAAUGAUGGCUAGUUUGGCAUCAUCACAACCACGUUUGGAAGCUUUUAGGCUCCAAAGCAAAUUGGCGGGAUUGCUGGCCAAACGGGCUAGUCUUCGUGAUGAAGAGGCAACGAGGCUAUCUCCUGCACAGGAAAGGGAGAAACUCAUUACGGAGGUAAGAGCCAACAAUCAAGCCCUGACAAGCCUUUCGCGUCAACUGAAGUUGACGGAAGAUCAGCUGAAUGAGAAACGGGAACUUCUUUUGCAAGUUGAGCAUGAUCUUGAGGAAGGAAAUAGCGACAGGCACGCCAAGUAUCGCGAACUAAAGAGACGCGAUGAAACAAUGACGGCUUUCCUUGACACCUUCCCUCAGGCUAUGUCGCAGCAGAAGCAAAAAAUUGAGACCCUGAAGAAUCAGAUUGCUUAUGCCAUUGAACAAAUGACUCUGCAAGGGAUUAAUCUGAGAGGUUUAGCCCGCGAUGGACGUGGCGAUAUAUUUGGAGAAAGGAAUGAUCUAACAUCGCAAGGAGGACUACUGAAGGAAUACAAAAAGCUCAGUAUUCAGCUUCGUCAACUUCAGAUUCUUGAGAAGAGAACUCAAGAUCAACAUGGCGCACUGAAGAAGGAAGAGAUGGAGCUUUCUGAGGAGAUAUCAAAAUUCUCUAAUUUAGAUAGCCUUCGCAGUGAGGCAGCGGAAAAUAUGUCGGAGUUAACGUCACGUUUAGAGGAGUUGCGUAACAAAAAACGCGUAACAGAAGGCGUCCUUGAGGAGUCAAGGAAGCGUUCUCGUGAGAUAAAAGAGAGCCUCCGCAGCAAUGAAACUUACCGUCAAAUUGCUCAUUUGGAGGAAAAACUAACAGAUUUGAGGAAAGAAAGUAAAAUGCUCCGUGGAGCCGUUGAGGAAAAUCGCAAGGAGUUCAACUACGCCGAUCUCAAGAGAACAGCCAUGGAGAAUUUGGGCGUUGUCAUGAAAUUUCUCACAGAUAAUUCAUCAAAUUUAUAUAUUUAAUUCAUCUUAAUUCUUGCACCGUGUAUUUGUAAUUUUAUCCUUGAUGUAGUUGGAUUACUUGGAAGACAUCCAGGCUUCAAUUUCAGCAACACUU